UAUCACAAAAACAUCACUUACACCAACAGGGUUUUACAUGAACAAUUAUUGUUCAUGGAAGCUCCUCACUUGUCUUUGGCUCCAACCCAGUUCAUGAAAACCGAUGACAUCAAUUCUUCAUCCAACAAAUUACAACAAACAAACUCCUCAUGUUCUAGGAAGAGGAAGCUUCUUCUCCAUCAUCAUCACCCUUAUCCUCAUCAUAUCAACUCUCAAACAAGUGUGGAUCUUCAACUCAAAGACCCUCUCCCUCUUGAUUGGGAGCAAUGUCUCGAUCUUCAGUCUGGGAAAAUGUACUAUCUAAACAGAAAGACGUUGAGGAAGAGUUGGAAUUGGCCAAAAGAGGAUCACCAUAAUGAUGAUAAGAAGCUAGACUUGGAGUUGGAGCUCAACAACAUUGAUUCUUCAUCAUCCAAAGCUAAUAGUUUGAUGAAUUUCAGACAUGGGUAUGGAAGUUCUUCUUCACAAAGCAGCAAUAUGGUGGCUUUGCCUUGUCUCAAUUGCCACCUUCUUGUUAUUCUCUCAAAAUCAUCCCCUUCUUGUCCUAAUUGCAAGCAUUUUCAUACCCUUUUUCCUAUCCCUUCUUCUCCCAACUCUCCUCCUCCCAACACCUUGUCCCUCUUGAACUAGACCAUAUCACACGACACGACUCAACUCGACUUGACUCUACAUGUUCGGGUUUGAAAAGGGUCUUUUUGAAUUGAGUUGAAUUUGGGGGUUUGGGUUGUAUUUGAUAAUGAAUGUAAAAAGUUAAGGUAGAGUUGUUGUAGAAUGUUGUAAGUUGGCUAAUUAAGAAUAAGAAUGUUGGAGCACUUUUUUCUCUUGGAUCAAA